AGUCGGGUAUACACAAUUUCCGGUCCGAAUCCCGGAUGAACAGUAAUUCAGCAUAAUUAUUUCGUUGAUUUCUAGUAUCACACAGCAGCCAGCACUUCACGGCAAAUCGCCAUGGCUCUACUGACUUCAACCAAACCCGAUGAGGAUCAGGUUCUGGUUGAAGAGAGGUCUUCUGCAAGAAUAUUGACAUUGAAUAGACCUAGGCAAUUGAACGCCCUUUCAUUUCAAAUGGUUUCUCGGUUGUUGAAACUUUUCUUUGUCUAUGAGGAGGAUUCAAAUGUCAAGUUGGUAAUUGUGAAGGGAAAGGGGAGGGCAUUUUGUGCUGGUGGUGAUGUUGCAGCUGUGGUUCGUGAUUGUAGUAUAGGUGACUGGAGAUCAGGUGCAAAUUAUUUUCAGAAGGAAUACCUCUUAAAUUACAUCAUGGCAACCUAUUGUAAACCCCAGGUUUCAAUUCUUAAUGGAAUUGUGAUGGGAGGUGGAGCCGGUGCAUCAAUUCACGGGAGAUUCCGGGUUGCAACAGAGAAUUCGGUCUUUGCAAUGCCUGAAACAGGUUUGGGACUCUUCCCAGAUGUAGGUGCCUCUUAUUUCUUGUCCAGACUCCAAGGAUUCUUUGGAGAAUAUGUGGGUCUUACCGGCGCUAGGUUGGAUGGUGCUGAAAUGCUUGCGUGUGGCCUUGCAACUCACUUUGUCCCCUCAGUGAGUUUGUCUCUGUUGGAAGAGGCACUGCACAAGUUAGAUUCAAGUGAUCCAGCCAUUGUUUCUGCAACCAUUGACAAAUACUCACAGCAACCUUAUUUGAAAGAGCAAAGUGCAUAUCACAGAUUGGAUCUAAUUGAUAGGUGCUUCUCUCGAAGAACAGUCGAAGAUAUUUUAUCUGCCCUUGAGAGAGAGGCAUUGAAUAAGAAUGAUGAUUGGAUAUCUGCGACAAUUAAGUCACUGAAGCAAGCAUCUCCAACGAGCCUGAAGGUUUCUCUGAGAUCGAUUAGACAAGGAAGGCUCCAGGGUGUUGGUCAAUGCCUUGUUCGCGAGUAUAGAAUGGUUUGUCAUAUCCUACAAGGGAAAGUCAGCCGGGAUUUCUUUGAGGGCUGUAGAGCUAUACUGUUGGACAAGGAUAAGAACCCAAAGUGGGAGCCCUCUAAGUUGGAGCUUGUUAGUGAGGAUAUGGUCGACUCAUACUUCUCUAUGUUGGAUGGUGAAGAUUGGGAAGAUUUGAAGUUCCCUGCAAGGUCCAAUUUGCCUGUAUCUGCCAUUGCAAAGCUUUAACGCAUCAAGAUGGAAAAAAGGCACUACAAGAAAUUAGGCUUUUUGCAGUGCACAAAAUCGUCGCAAAAAUCUCCUAAAAUCGCUGUAUCAAGUCAUUUCCAGCGAUUUCAAACUCGUUGCACGCUCGCCGCUAUUAACCCACCGAUUUUGAUCAUUGCAGUGAUAGAAUAAAAAUCAUUGAUAAAAACCA